CUAAGGAUUUGCCUUCCUGUGUAGGUGUUACAGUGAGCUCUAAUAAACUGGCAGUGAGCUCCCAGUGUGGGCUGCAGGCCAUGGCUUGGCACUGACACUCAGUGUUUACAAAGGCGUUGAGAGGGGCUCCCUGAAACUUUAUAAAGGGGGCAAUGGCACUUCUACUAAGGGGGCUGCUGCAGACACCAGCAUGGAGGGGCCUGAGACUUAUUGCACCUUUAUCCACAGGGGCCAGGAUGCCAGCUAGUCACUUUACAGGAGAGUACGAGGACGGCGACAUUAAAUUUACUGCUGCACAUGAUGAUGUCACGGAUGGCCUGUACCCUGGCCACAUUCCCACCACCUUGUUACAGAAGGCGCUGCUAUCUGCUGGCUCGGCAGUAAUGUCACUUUAUGAUCCAUAUAGACACGAUAUGAUUGCUGUUCUUGGGGAAACAACCGGUUCGCAGGCUUUGAAAAAUCUCAGAGACCGUAUGAGUCAAGAUCCAGAAGGAGCCCAAAUUUUACAAGAGCGCCCUCGUAUACGGAUUUCUACGCUGGAUAUUGAGAGGCUCAGAGAGCUGCCGGAGGGAACUUUUGGCAGGGAGUACGUCCGGUUCUUAGAUGUCAAUAACGUGACCCCCGACACCCGUAUGCCUGUUAAGUUUGUGGAUGAUGAAGAAUUGGCGUAUGUGGCCCAGCGAUACAGAGAAGUCCAUGAUCUAAUGCACACGCUUUUAGGAAUGCCAACAAACAUGUUAGGGGAGGUCAUAGUAAAGUGGUUUGAAGCUGUGCAGACCGGCCUGCCUAUGUGCAUCUUGGGAGCUGUGUUUGGGCCGCUCCGUCUGAAUACCAAGAGAAUGAAGGCCCUGAUAGAGCUUCUUCCUUGGGCAGUUCAAAGUGGCCGCAACGCUCACUGUACUCUCAACUUCUACUACGAGAAACGGUGGGAGCAGAGUUUGCAAACCCUACGAGAAGAGAUUGGAAUCCUGCCCCCUCCAUCCACCAAAGGCUGAACCAAAUCCUAUUGGCUCCUGGAACUUAAACAGAACUCAUACCGAUAGGUGUUGUACAUCAAGCACCAGUGUGGAGAAUGGAAGUGGGAAUAAAGAGACUUGCUGCGGUGGUACACAUCUGCAACCUGAUCACAUCAAGCUAUCUAUCUCACACCUUUAAUUAGCUUGAACAGCGCCCCAAGAUUGUCAAUCACUUGCAGUCUGUCCUGUUUUAGGUUCUAAUCCUUAAUUAAAAGGUUGCAUUAAUAUUCUGCAACAUAGCAGAAAAGCCACAAAGGACCUGGUCAGCAAAAUGUGCUAAUUUCAAGCGAAUAGAACCCCACUGUUUAUAUUAAAAAAUAUAUAUUUUUUUUUUUAAAUCUAGACUUUUCCAAAAGUUCAUUUUUUUUUUGUGAAGUGGGAGAGAAUAUUUAGUGAAUUAUAAAUCUGUCUUUGAAACAUAGGAUAUUAAAAAAAAUA